UAGGUGGCUGGGCCCUCACCUCUCGUGGGGUCCACCUCGAGUGCUUUAAGUCUCUCAAGACUUGAUGAGGACGUGUGCGGACGAAUCGGCACAUCACCCCUUGACGAUUCGGCGGGUGAAUCACCCGUGCUCUCCCAAAACUGGAAGAGGCCUUUUGUGGAAGGGACUGCCCUUUGCGAGCAGAAACCGGCCGCUGACCAAAACCCCCAGGCUCUCCAGCGCAAGUACGCCCGUGAGGGCGACGCGACCGGCGGUUCCGCCAUCCGCAGCAUCUCCUCCGUCACUCACCGACGAGAGACCUACGGUCCAAGGAGCGGGGGAAACGAAGGGCAGCAGCGACGCCGCUGGCGGUGACGGUUGUGUGAGGAGCACCCCGUGUGGGGCCCGCCGGCCAUUCUGCUCCCCCGUUGGUUGGAAGCCCUGGGGCCCGCCGUUCUCCCCCUCUCGUCGCCAGCGAUAAGUAAACCGGAGGAGUGCCAACUGCCAUAGACAAUCGAUUGCCUCUCUCUUCUCUCUUCUCUCUUCUUCUCGCGGUAGUCAUCGUGUUCUUAUUAUUGCUAAUUGCUAUUGUAUUGUACUUUGCGGAGAACUCCCUGGAGAAUCUUGCAUUCGAGAAGGGGUAUAUGUUAUUCUUGGGGUUUAGUUUUUAGUGGAGUAUAUGUUAGCUUGGUCGAGGGCGGAAUGCCGACGCCGGUUAGUAACGCGCGCGCGUGCCUCGCUGCCGAGGCGGCUGCGGCACUCGACGGCGCCGUGUCGGUCGCCCUCCGCCGCGCCCACGCCCAGACCACGUCCCUCCACGUCGUCUACGCUCUCCUCCUCUCUUCCUCCUCCUCCUACCCCUCCCCCGCAGCCGGAAGAGGCGCGGAUGGAGGCUCGCAUGCGCCGUGUUCGAUCCUCCUUGGUGACGCGCUCUCACGAGCCCGGAGCUCCGUAUAUUCGCCCAGGCUACAGUUCAAGGCGCUUGAGCUCUGCUUCGGAGUGGCUCUCAACCGGCUGCCGUCGUCGUCGAGCAACAGGCAGGCGGUGGAGGAGGGUGGCGGCGGUGAUGAACCGCCGGUUUCGAACUCGCUGAUGGCGGCGAUCAAGCGGUCGCAGGCGAUCCAGCGGCGGAAUCCGGAGACGUUGUACCUGUACCAGCAGCAGCAGACCCCCGGCGGCGGUGGCGCAUCGUCGUUCUCCGGGGUGAAGGUGGAACUCCAGCAGCUGUUGCUCGCGAUCUUGGAUGACCCCGUGGUCAGCCGGGCGUUUGGCGACGCCGGAUUCUGCAGCACGGACAUCAAGCUCGCCAUUCUCGGCCCCCCGCCGCCCAUCCUCCGCUUUCCCCGCGCCGCCCGAUCUUCCCCGCUCUUCCUGUCCAAUUUCUCGGCCGGGGAUGGAUUCGAGACAGUACUCACCUCCCGAGAGCUCGUUUUCCCCUUCCCCACGGCCACCGCGCAGCUCUGCUCCGACGGCGGCGGUGAGAAUUGCCGGAGGAUAGGGGAGAUCCUUGCUCGGAAGAGCAGCGGACGGAAUCCGAUGCUGGUCGGAGUUGGCGCCGGCGAGGCAGCUCGAGACUUCGCCCAAGUAGUCGAGCGGCAGAAUUGGGCGGUUUUGCCGCCAGAGCUACAUGGAAUAAAGCUUGUUAGCAUCGAGAAGGAGGUGGCCGAGCUCAGUACUGGCGGCUGUGAUCAGCUGGCGGUUGGCAUUCGGCUGGAGGAGAUGGGGAAGAAAGCAGAGUCACCAGGUGCCAUCUUGAACAUUGGGGACUUGAAGAGGGCAGUGGAAGGCUGUGCUGAAUGCAAUGAUAAGGAAAGCUGUUUGGUUUCAGAGGUUACCAGAUUGUUGGAGGUCCACCAUGGGAGAUUGUGGGUGAUGGGAUGGUCGGCGACGUACGAGACAUACAUGAAGUUCUUGUCCAAGCAUCCAAUGCUGGAUAAAGAUUGGGGUUUGCAGUUGUUGCCAAUCACUUCAGUGAGGACUGGAAUGGGUAGAUCACUUACCAGACCUUCAAGCUUGAUGGAGUCAUUUGUUCCACUAGGAGGAUUUUUCCCUACAGCAUAUGAGUCAAAGGGCAUAUUUAGCAGUGUGUAUUCAUCAGUGUUCCGCUAUGACGAUUGCAAUGACAAGUGCGAGCAAGAAGUUUCUCUUACUCUUUCAGUUGAUGGUCAGCAAAAUGCAAACUUGCCUUUUUGGCUGCACAAAGCCAAUAUGGUUAGCCUGAAUGAUGGAUCCUAUGCAGCAAAGGCUAAAGAUGAUCAAAUAGUUUUGAAUGCUAAGAUUAUGGAUUUGCAAAAGAAAUGGAAUGAUAACAGCCAAUGCCUCCAUCAUGGUUGUCAGACAACAAACACAGACGAUUGUGCUGCUGUUGCUUGCACUACGAAUCCAUCAUAUAUUUCUAACAUGGAGAGGGCCUGCAGUUGGAAUGGUGAAAAUCCUGAUGAUGAUCAAAGGCCAAGAGGGCAUGGAAUUCCAUAUCCUAUUUCAGUAGGUACACAGAAGAUCAUCAUGGCUGGUAAGAGGAUCUCCUUGCCUUCGGUUUUGGAACCAGAAAAUGAGGACCUAUCAUUGAAACUUCAGGUCAGACCUUCCAAAGGUGAACAGCUUCAAAGGGAGUUCUUCCAAUCUCACCAGGGCGAUGAACAUGCUUCACCUUCCUCUGUUACAUCUGUCAUGACAGAUUUGGUUUUGGGAACUCUUCAUGAGCCGCUUUGCAAUGAGGAAAAUUUUGUUUGGCAAGAGCAAAAAGAUCAUUUGGAGGAUUUGUCUGGUUGUUUGCCAUCAAUGAGUGCUGAUAUGAUUAGAAAAUUUGGCCCAGAUGUUGCUGUUGAAUCAUCUUCAGACGAAAAGAGUACCCAUCCACUUGUUCUGACCCACUCAUUUUCACAGGUUUCAAAUGAUUGUGCCUCUGCCUACAAUAAAAGCUCACUCAUCUCGUCCAAUACAAGGCACAAGUUUGAUUUGAGUAACUAUAAACCAUUAUGUUCAAGUCUCAUCAACAAAGUUUGCCAACAAGAAGAAGCAGCUAUUGCUGCUACUCAAGCUAUAGUCCAUUGUAAAACUGGUGAAAGACGUCGUGGUGCAAGCCUGAGAGGAGAUGUUUGGCUCAGUUUUCGCGGCCCAGACAAGAUUGGAAAGAAGAGAGUAGCAAUGGCUCUUGCAGAAACAAUAUAUGGGAUCAAAGAAAACUUUGUAUGCAUUGAUCUAAGUUACCAGGAUUGUGUUGCUCAUCCCAGGAGCAUCUGUAACCAACAGGAUGCCAUCGGAAAUGGUUUACAAUGUAGAGGAAAAAUGAAUGCGGACCAUAUUGCUAUAGAGCUAAGCAAGAAACUAGGAUCUGUUGUAUUCCUUGAAAAUGUGGAUAAAGCUGACUUGCUUGUUCAGAACAGUUUAUCCCAAGCUAUUCGUACCGGUAAAUUUCCUGACUCCCAUGGAAGGGAAUUGGGCAUAAACGAUGCCAUAUUUAUCCUGACUUCAUCAGGAACUCAAGGCCAAAACUUUUCUCGGAGGAAAGAUCACAGUAGUUUUUCCGAGGAGAAUAUUCUGGCAGCUUCAUGUUGGCAGAUGAAGAUUUUCUUAGAACCAUCUCCAGAAACUGCUAAGCUCUCAUUUGCUUCAACUCAAAAACCCAGGAAUAAUCAAGUAUAUGAACACUCUGUUUUUGUAAGAAAGCGCAAGCUGGAUAUUUCUGAUGAUUUGAUGUCUGCAAAACGGGCACAAACAACCUCAAAUGUGUUCUUAGACUUGAAUCUGCCUGUAGAAGACGUUGAAGGUCACAAAGAUCACUCUAAAUCAGAAAAUUCGGCGGCAUGGAUGGAAGACUUCCUCGGCCUAGUCGAUGCAACAGUGGACUUCAAGCCUAUUGAUUUCGAUGCCUUUGCUGAUAGUAUUUUGAAAGAUAUAAACAAGAUCUUUCUUAGUAAUUUUGGUUCUGAUUGUGUGUUGGAGAUUGAACAAAAGGCAAUGGAGGAGAUACUUGCAGCAGCAUGGUCAUCAGAAGAUAGGGGAGCUCUAAAUAACUGGUUCGAGCAGGUUCUUGUCAGGAGUCUCACUGAGUUGAGAUGCAGGUACAACCUCUCAUCAACUCACAACAUUCUUAGACUUGUUGCUUGCAAGGAUACAUUUGCUCAGGAGCAUGCACCUGGAGUUCUCCUUCCUUCAAGAAUCAUCAUCGACUGAGAAUGUAUAGAUUGAUGUAACACUACUUGCAUAAUGUAGCAUUAGCACUCCUCGUGAAAUGACUAUAAUCUUGUUAAUGUAAUUGCUUUCCUGUGUAAAUCGAAUCAGGAAGUUUGAUGGCUC